AAAAAAAAAAAAUCACAGCUGCACCGAAUUGAAUCAAAGCGAUGGUGCGAAUUCUGAACGGCGAGAUUGUUCAGGACAACGACCCGCGACUGCAGCAAUCGACUCGGUCACCAUCAUCAUCAUCAUCAUCAUCAUCGUCAGCCUCAUCAGGAAGCAGCAGAGUUGCGUCCAUCCAUAGCACGCCAACGCCGUCCUCUGCCUCUUCCUCACGCGGCGACAGGCGACAGCCGCAGGACCAGAAUCAGCCAGCUCAGCCUCAGCAGCAACAACCUGAGCGCCGAAGCUCGCUGGGCGAUCUGCUCCUACCGGGCGGGUAUCUGUAUGCAGCCAACAUGUCUGUCAAGCAGUACAUUCCCGCUGUGCAGCUUGGCGGCGGCAUUGUGGUUGAGCCGCUGUUGCUUGCGAUUGUCGCCGUCAGCUUCCUCGUCGACCUCAAGUUUGGCGUCGCUGCACUUCUCCUUGCCUUUGUCGUUGCAACGGGCAUGUAA